CGAUCACAUAUUUCGAAGGCGACUGAUAGAUAAGAGAAAUUAAAUCCUCUUUUAUUUAACAGUUUACUAACUACCUACUUAUAUACAUAGAUUAGAUAAGUGCGCCUGUCGCGUUUAGUUGAAAAAAAAGUUUUUUCUACAAAAAUAGAUUUUUUAUAUUUUCGUGCUACCAGAUAAAUUAGAAAUCUGUGUGAAUAUAAUCUGAAAAAUGGCGUCAGAUCCGAGAAAUGUUGAAAUUAAAUACACUAAGUUAUUUAUUGACAACGAAUUCGUAGAUGCCGUGAGCAAAAAAACAUUCUCUGUAUUAAAUCCAAGCACCGAAAAAGUUAUAGUAGAGGUAGCUGAAGGCGACAAAGCUGAUGUAGAUAAGGCUGUAGCUGCAGCAAAAGCUGCCAUUGCGAGAGGAUCAGAAUGGAGGACUAUGGAUGCUUCUAGAAGAGGAUUAUUAAUUAAUAAACUUGCUGACCUUUUAGAAAAUAAUUUGGAUGAAAUUUCGGCGAUAGAAACUUUGGAAAAUGGAAAAACUUUUGAAUUUUCUAAAAUUAUAACCUCCUUGUCUGUGAAUGUAUUAAGGUACUUCGCUGGUUUUACAGACAAAAUCCAUGGUUCCACUAUUCCAACAGAUGGCCCGCUCCUUACCAUGACUCGCAAAGAACCUGUCGGAGUCGUAGGUCAAAUUAUUCCAUGGAACUACGCUAUUAUGAUGGCAACUUGGAAAUGGGGACCAGCUCUGGCUGCAGGAUGUACUAUUGUUUUAAAACCAGCAGAACAAACACCUCUGGGCGCUCUUUAUUUAGCUGCGCUGGCUAAGGAGGCCGGAUUUCCCAAAGGAGUCAUCAAUGUAGUUCCAGGAUUCGGUUCAACAGCUGGAAGCGCCUUAAGCUGGCAUCCUGAUGUUAGGAAAAUUGCUUUUACUGGAUCUACACAGGUUGGACAUUUUAUAAUGGAGAGUGCUGCAAAGUCCAAUUUGAAAAAAGUAUCUUUAGAAUUGGGAGGAAAAAGCCCUCUAGUAAUUUUUGAUGAUUUCAAUGUUGAUGAAGCUGUAGAGAUAGCUGCCGAUGCUAUUUUCAGUAACCACGGUCAAAAUUGUUGCGCUGGAUCAAGGACAUUUGUACAAUCUAAAAUUUAUAACGAGUUUGUUACAAAAGCUGCAGCCAAGGCUAAUUCUAUUAAGGUUGGCGAUCCUUUUUGUCCAGAAUCUCAACAGGGCCCACAGGUAGAUAAGGCCACUUUGGAUAAAAUUCUUUCCCUAAUUGAAUCUGGUAAGAAACAAGGAGCGAAUGUUGCAGCUGGGGGCAACCGAGUUGGAGAUGUGGGAUAUUAUGUUCAACCAACUGUGUUUUCAAAUGUUACUGAUAAUAUGAUCAUAGCAAAAGAAGAGAUUUUUGGACCAGUUCAAUCUAUUUUAAAAUUCGACACUCUAGAGGAAGUGAUUGAAAGAGCAAACAGUACUGAAUACGGUUUAGCCGCAGGCGUUCUGACCAAAAAUAUCGAUACUGCUAUGGUGUUUGCUCAAGCUGUUGAAGCAGGAUCUGUAUGGAUAAACUGCUAUGAUGAGGCUAUUGGACCUCACACUCCUUUUGGGGGCUACAAACAAUCUGGUAUAGGCAGAGAUCUAGGUGAAGAAUCUAUCAAGGAAUAUUUGGAAACCAAAACCAUAUCCAUUAAAUUACCAGUAAAGAAUUGAAUUUAUUUUUUUUUGUAUUUACGAACUAUUAUAUUUAUUA